CACCAGAAAGUAACAUAUUCUCAUCUUCUAAAUAUAUCCUCUUCUACUCAUUCCCUUUCGUACCUCAUUUUGCCUUAGUGGCAUAUCCAUCUAACACCAUGGCUGCCGGUUCGCAUUCUCGCAGUGAACUUCAUGUUUUCCAUACAGGAGAUGAUCGGGCUCCAACAGAAACGUCAAGAGAGUUUGUCAUGUCGUUGAAGAAGAUAUGCAAGAUUUGUCGAGACGAGAUUGAACUAAAGGAAAACGGGGAAGUGUUUGUUGCUUGUGGAGAAUGCGGAUUCCCAGUUUGCAGGCCAUGUUAUGAGUAUGAGAGGAGUGAAGGCAAUCAGUCUUGUCCUCAGUGUCAUACUCGCUAUAAGCGUCAUAAAGGCUGUCCAAGAGUUGCAGGUGAUGAUGAAGAUGAUUUUCAUGAUGAUUUUGAACAAGAAUUUCAGAUCAAGAAUCAUCAUGGAUCUCGCGACCACCACGCGGAGAAUGGAGAGUAUAAUCAACAGCAUCUGAACACCAAUGGUGCUGCUUAUAAUCAAUCAGUUGCUGGAAGUGUAGUGGGAGGAGGCAAGGAUUUGGAGGAUGAUCAGAAAGAAAGUUAUGGUGAUGCAGAAUGGAAGGAAAGAGUUGAGAAAUGGAAGAACCGUCAAGAAAAGAGAGGUCUUGUUAGUAAAUUUGGUGAUGGUUCUGGAAAUGAUCAACCCGAUGAUGAUGAUGAUUAUCUUUUGGCAGAAGCUCGGCAGCCACUCUGGCGAAAAAUUCCACUUCCAUCAAGUCUAAUCAGUCCAUAUCGGAUAGUCAUUAUCCUCAGGCUUGUCAUUCUUGGAUUCUUUUUCCAUUUCCGGAUCUUAACACCAGCCUAUGAUGCCUAUCCAUUAUGGAUUAUCUCUGUUAUAUGUGAAAUAUGGUUUGCGUUAUCAUGGAUACUUGAUCAGUUCCCGAAAUGGUCACCCAUAAACCGUGAAACUUACCUGGAUCGAUUGACAUUGAGGUUUGAACGUGAAGGCGAGCCAAAUCGAUUAGCCCCAGUGGAUGUGUUUGUGAGUACAGUUGAUCCUCUUAAGGAGCCUCCUAUUAUCACUGCAAACACUGUUCUGUCAAUCUUGGCUGUUGAUUACCCUGUUGAGAAGGUUAGCUGUUAUGUAUCAGAUGAUGGUGCUUCCAUGCUGUUGUUUGAUACAUUAGCAGAAACAGCUGAAUUUGCAAGGAGAUGGGUGCCAUUUUGUAAGAAAUAUAGUGUAGAGCCUAGAGCACCUGAUUUCUACUUCAAUGAAAAGAUUGAUUACUUGAAAGAUAAAGUUCAGCCUACUUUCGUCAAGGACCGCAGAGCCAUGAAGAGAGAAUAUGAAGAAUUCAAAGUAAGAAUUAAUGCAUUAGUAGCAAAGGCUCAGAAAAAACCAGAAGAAGGAUGGGUAAUGCAAGAUGGAACUCCAUGGCCUGGUAACAACACCAGAGACCAUCCUGGUAUGAUACAAGUUUAUCUUGGUAGUGAAGGUGCGCUUGAUAUUGAAGGGAAGGAGCUACCCCGCCUUGUCUAUGUUUCCCGUGAGAAACGACCGGGCUAUCAACACCACAAGAAAGCUGGUGCCAUGAAUGCUUUGGUUCGAGUCUCUGCAGUCCUGACCAAUGCACCGUUUAUGUUGAACUUGGAUUGUGAUCACUACCUUAACAACAGCAAGGCAGUUCGAGAAGCCAUGUGCUUUUUAAUGGAUCCGCAAAUUGGAAAGAAGCUCUGCUAUGUCCAAUUUCCCCAAAGAUUUGAUGGAAUUGAUCGCCACGAUCGAUAUGCCAACCGUAAUGUUGUCUUUUUUGAUAUCAACAUGAAAGGCUUGGAUGGAAUUCAAGGACCAGUUUAUGUAGGAACGGGUACUGUCUUCAACAGGCAGGCGUUAUACGGCUAUGAUCCACCUGUUUCUGAGAAGCGUCCAAAGAUGACAUGUGAUUGCUGGCCUAGUUGGUGCUGCUGCUGUUGUGGUGGUUCAAGAAAGUCCAAGUCCAAGUCCAAGUCCAAGAAGAAGAGCAUCAAGGCCUUACUUGGACUUGGAGGACUAUACUGCAAGAAAAAGAAAACAAUGAACGGAAAGAACUACACUAGAAAGCCAUCUGGACCUGUCUUUGAUCUUGAGGAAAUUGAAGAAGGCCUUGAAGGAUAUGAUGAGCUUGAGAAGUCAUCUCUCAUGUCCCAAAAGAACUUCGAGAAACGAUUUGGGCAGUCCCCAGUUUUCAUCGCUUCCACACUAAAGGAAGAUGGUGGGCUUCCUGAAGGGACAAACCCAACUACGCUCAUAAAAGAAGCUAUUCAUGUUAUUAGCUGUGGAUAUGAAGAGAAAACUGAGUGGGGCAAAGAGAUUGGGUGGAUUUAUGGUUCUGUCACAGAGGACAUUUUGACUGGAUUCAAGAUGCACUGCAGAGGAUGGAGAUCGGUUUAUUGCUGUCCGAAGAGAGCAGCUUUUAAGGGAUCAGCUCCAAUCAAUCUAUCAGAUAGAUUGCACCAAGUCCUGAGAUGGGCUCUUGGUUCUGUUGAAAUCUUCAUGAGUCGUCAUUGUCCCCUUUGGUAUGCCUGGGGUGGCAAGCUCAAAUGGUUGGAAAGGCUAGCAUAUAUUAACACCAUUGUUUACCCAUUCACUUCCAUUGCGCUGCUAGCUUACUGCACCCUUCCAGCUGUAUGCCUUCUCACUGGAAAAUUUAUCGUCCCUACACUUAACAACUUCGCAAGCAUUUGGUUCAUGGCUCUCUUUCUCUCCAUCAUAGUCACAAGCGUACUUGAGCUGCGAUGGAGUGGAGUAAGCAUUGAGGCCUGGUGGCGUAACGAACAAUUUUGGGUCAUCGGUGGUGUUUCAGCACAUUUGUUUGCGGUUUUCCAAGGCCUUCUUAAAGUUCUGGCUGGUGUAGACACAAACUUCACUGUAACAUCAAAAGCAGCUGACGACGCUGAAUUUGGGGAGCUUUACCUCUUCAAAUGGACCACACUUCUCAUCCCACCAACCACUCUGAUCAUCUUGAAUAUGGUGGGUGUUGUAGCUGGUGUUUCAGAUGCCAUCAACAAUGGUUAUGGUUCAUGGGGUCCUCUGUUCGGGAAGUUAUUCUUCGCCUUUUGGGUUAUUGUGCAUCUCUAUCCUUUCCUAAAGGGAUUGAUGGGCAGGCAGAACAGGACUCCCACCAUUGUGGUCCUCUGGUCAAUUCUCCUUGCUUCAAUCUUCUCGCUGGUUUGGGUCAGAAUAGACCCAUUCCUACCAAAGCAGAAGGGACCUAUACUCAAGCAAUGUGGAGUGGAAUGCUAAGUGCCAUGCCCGGUAUCUGUGUGAUGUAUUCUUCGCCAAAUUUUUGUUAGGUUGAUAUUUUGAUUGCAAGUAUACACAGUGUCUUUCUGUCAAUGUUUUGCCUAGCAAUAAAGUAAGACUAGGAUAAGGGCGUCAUGCAACUUUGUAACAUUUAUACUUGUCCAAAUUAAUACCAAGAAUUAUUAAGCA